AUGAUUCCACUUGGAAAUUGCGGCCGCGUCUACGACAGAAAAUAUAAUUAUCCGAUUAACGCAGCCAGGAAGAAAGAUGCAGAUGACAAACAAGACGGAAACGGUCCAGCUAACGGGCUAGGGGACGGAAAUUCUUCUUCCGGCAACAGCAAUGGAUCGCCGGGUUUCGAUGGAAACGGUAAUGGAUCGCCAAGUGGCAAUGGAGGAUCGUCUGGUUCUGGUGGUAACAGCAACGGAGGACCAUCAGGUGGUAACGGUAAUGGAGGAUCAUCUUUUGGUAGCAGUAAUGGAGGAUCAUCUGAAGGUAGCAGUAAUGGAGGAUCAUCUGGUGGUAGCACUAAUGGAGGAUCAAGCAACAAUGGAGGGUCGUCUGGUUUUGGCGGUAGUAACAGUGGAGGAUCAUCUGGUGGUAAUAGCAAUGGAGGAUCAUCUGGUUUCGGCGGCGGUAGCACUGGAGGAUCGUCUAGUUUAGGCGGUAGCAGUGGAGGAUCGUCUGGUUUUGGCGGUGGUAGUGGAGGAUCGUCUGGUUUUGGCGGUAGCAGCAGUACAAAGAGUUCUAGAUCACGAAACUUCGAUAAGGCCGAAUAUCCCCACCAGCAAUCUCUGAGCGAAAAUAUAAAAAACUUUCCUAACAAAGAUCCAACCAUUCCCGACAUUGAUCCAUCACCACCCGUUCGGGUGAAACCACUGAGCAAAUAG